AUGGUCAAUAUCAAGAGCGUACGAGAGUCCAACCUGGCCUUCAAGCUUUCUGGUCAUGCUUCAGGCUUGGUUGCGGUCUUCGUUGGAGCCACCAGUGGAAUUGGCAAAGGCACAUUGAAACAAUUUGCCAAAUAUGCUCAAGCUCCCAAGGUGUAUAUUCUUGGGAGAUCUAAGAAGGCGGCACAUCCACUUUUGGAUGAGCUUCAGGCAUCGAAUCCCCAAAGCAAAUUUGAAUUCAUCGAAACGGAAAUCUCGUUGAUGAAGAACGUUGAUCUGGCCUGUGAUCAGAUCAAGGCCAACGAGAAGAAGGUCGAUAUAUUAUUUACGUCGCCUGGAUAUCUAUCAUUCGACAGCAGAAAAGAGAGCGUCGAGGGAAUGGAUAUUCCACACGCCUUGCGGUACUACACCCGCCUCCGAUUUGCCUACAACUUGAUCCCACUUCUUCUAGAGAGUCCAAAUCCUCGAGUGGUUUCCAUUCUCGCAGGCGGUCAGGAGUCCGAAAUCGACAUCAACGAUCUUGAAGUCCGGAACGACUUCUCAUUCAUUAAGGCAGCCAAGAACGGAACAACUCAAACAACCCUUGCUUUCGAGGAACUGGCCAAAUCAUAUCCAUCCAUCUCUUUCCUUCACAAAUAUCCAGGAUUUGUGAAUACAGGCGUAAUAGCAAGACUUCUAAGCACCGCGCCUGGGAUUUUUUACUACCCGGCAGCGUUGGCGAGUUUUCUCGUGCUACCAAUCCUUAAUCUUUUCUCGACUUCGGAAGAUGAAGCAGGAGAGCGAGGCUUGUUUCUUGUCACCAGUGCAAGAUAUCCUCCUGCAAAGCCCAAGACAGAGUUCGUUGGUGUGGAAGUGCAAGGGAUACCUGUUGCAACGGCCUCUGUCGUCAAGGAUGGUCAGGGAAAUGGCGUUUACAGACUGACUUCAGAUGACGAGAGCGCCCCAGAAUCCCCUGUCCUCCCAGGCUAUAGGCUAGAUCAUGUUGAUAAGACCGUUUGGGAGGAGACUGUUGCGGCAUGGGAUCGCGCUCUGGAGAAGUCGACGUAG